AUGGAAAAUAGUAAAACUCCAGAAAUGAAAUAUUUUAAGUAUUCUUCUAUAGAGGAUGUUCAUUUAACAACUCCAAAGUCUGCACACAGAGCUUUGGAUGGAAAAGUUGCUAAAUCAAACACUAGAUCUCGCCUUCGUAAAAACUUAAUAACUCCUCGAAAACUUUUUGAUGAUAUGGUAGUAAACCAGGUACUCGAUCACUGUAAUGUUAUUGCUGAUAAUCGAAACAAGACAACUUCGUGUAGCAAGAAAGAAGACAAUGACUUCAUUGAUUUGAGAUGUCUGGAAACAUUUCUGGAUGAACCAACCUAUGGAAAAUUUCCUGAAAGGGAAAAUAUUGAUCAAUUAAAUAAUUUAUUAAAUUACAUGGAAGACCUUACAACAAAAGAUGUCAAUGAAGGAUGUAUAUCAUUCAGAAAAAAUUGUACUCCCCCAAGUCGAGCUGGAGAAAGAAGAAAUGGAGGUACUGAUUAUAGUAUUGAUAGUAAUGCUAUAAAAAGAAAUUAA